UAGUUUGCAGGAGAACCGCGGACAGGGCGCCCCCAAGGUUCCCUGGAGGCCUCCGCUGGUUUGCCUGCGAGGGUCGGUGACGGCGUCCAGCUGGGGCCCCAGCCAGUUUCCUGUCAAGUUCAGCAGCACCACCUAUGCGCAGUUCUCCGUGAAUUUUGUCAGCAUCCCCAGAAAAUUGUCUUUCCUGCCAGCCUCAGCUUGUGGGCUCCCCGGUUCCAAGCAAAAUGGGGUCUUGGAAGUAUGGAGGCUGCCUAAGCUGUCUGCUGAUUCCUCUUGCUCUUUGGAGUAUCAUUGUGAAUAUAUUAUUGUAUUUCCCAAAUGGGCAAACUUUUUAUGCAUCCAGCAAUAAGCUCACCAGCUACGUGUGGUAUUUUGAAGGACUCUGUUUCUCAGGAGUAAUGAUGCUUAUAGUAGCUGCAGUUCUCCUUGUACUGGACAAUGAUAACCGCUAUAAAUGUUGCCAGAGUGAAAACUGCAGCAAAAAGUACAUGAAACUGCUGUCCGUUAUCUUUUCUGCCUUUGGGAUUGCUGUCUCCGGAUACUGCCUGGUCAUCUCUGCUUUGGGUCUUGUCCAGGGCCCGUACUGCCGCACCCAGGAUGGCUGGCACUACGCAUUUGAAGGCACUGCAGGACGUUUCCUUACAAAUUCUAGCAUAUGGAGCCGGUGUCUGGAACCUGCACACGUAGUUGAAUGGAAUGUCAUUUUGUUUUCCAUUCUCAUAACCCUCAGUGGGCUUCAAGUGAUCAUCUGCCUCAUCAGAGUAGUCAUUCACUUAUCGAAGAUCCUGUGUGGAACCUAUUCAGUCAUCAUCCAGGUAACAGAUACACACAGCUCUCUCUGUACCUCCUCCACUUUACUCUUACUUCUCAAAAUUCAAUGAGUACUGUUCAAAGGUUUCUAGAAUUUCAACACCCCUCCAUUUCUACUACUUCAUCCUUAUUCAAGCUCUAAAAUCUCAUUUUUUUUUCUGAUAUUCCAAUGUGUCGAUCCACUUCUCUAUAUGAAUUGAAUCAACUCAAUAAAUGUAAACUCUACACUCCAUGUUGUAUGGGGAGGACCAUCCAGCAGUUUUGAAUGAGCAACAUUUCAUUGUUCUAUGUAGAGAUACCCCAAAGCAUGAAGAAAUUUUGCCAUUUAUUGUUUUCUUAUUCAUAAGUUAAUUAAAGGCUUAGAAACUUAUCUUAUUGAAAUAACUUCUCUGAACUACUAAAUCAUUUUUAUAUUGUAUGCAUUAGCAUGAAAUUUGAAGAGGGAAAAUGUGUCUUUAUCCUACUGAAGUUAUUUCAACUUUAUCUGCUAAAAUCCCAAUAUUAAUUCAGUUAUGGUUGAAACUGCUAAUAAGUACAAAAUAAAAAAUUAUAAAUGAAAA